GGGUAGAAAUAGACCAGAACGCGUAUAGAUGCAUGUUGGAGUUCAAAUAUCAGUGGAGUAUUUGAAUGGAUAGUCGCGAUAAUCCACCUUGAAUUGGAAAAUAUCAUAAACGUGUGCAUGUUUGUAAUAGGGUAUUGAUCGCAAAGUAUAAUAUUAAAUAAUCUUUGGUUUACCCGACAAGACGCGUUUGUCAGAUACUGAGAUAGUGGGAUAGUAAACGGUCUUAAAUUGAAAUGUUAGCUAAAUGUUUAUUGCGAAUGGUGGAUUUGCAAUGAAAAUAAAUCUGUCGUAAGAUUUUUAUCUUGUGAAAAUUGUGUGUCAUUAAAAAGUGUGAUUGAAAAAUAUUCAGAUAAUUUUGGAAUAUAUAACAGAGAGGAUAAUUGUUGUGUCGGAGUGUUACAGUGUACUGAGGAUAUUAAUUUCAAACGAUAUUGUCAUUUAUGGAUAUAUUUUGUAAUAAAGGAUGAGUGAUGGCUAAGUUGUUUGUGAGGAAAUGUCCGUGUCUACGACCAAAGAUAGAGGAGGAUGUUAAAGUGUUGGAUUAUAGACAUUGUAGUUUAAAUGAUGUGCCAGGAGAGGUGUUUAAUUUUGAACGGACUCUAGAGGAAUUACUGGUGGAUUCCAACCAGAUCAAGGAUUUACCUAGAGAGUUGUUCUACUGCCAUGGACUGCGCAAGUUAAGUCUCAGUGACAAUGAGAUCAAACAGAUCCCGGCGGCCAUCGGUCAUCUCAUCAGUCUUGAAAACCUCGAUCUCAGUAAAAAUGGAGUUAUAGAUAUACCAGAGAAUAUCAAGACAUGUAAAUAUCUACAAAUUGUUGAUGCCAGUGUCAACCCGCUUGGAAAGUUGCCAGAUGGAUUCACACAACUUCUCAACUUGACACAGCUCUAUCUAAAUGAUACUUUCCUCGAUUACCUCCCUGGAAACUUUGGCAGACUGUCGAAGCUGAAGAUUUUGGAAAUCAGAGAAAACCAUUUGAAGACGUUACCAAAAUCUUUCUCUCGUCUUGUAGAACUGGAGAAACUUGAUAUUGGACAAAACGAGUUCAGUGAGCUGCCUGAUGUUAUAGGAAGUUUAUCAAGUUUGUUGGAACUAUGGUGUGAUAAUAAUCAAGUACAGUCUAUCACCCCGACUAUUGGCAACUUGAAGCAGUUGAUGUUCUUUGAUGGCUGCAAGAACUGUCUACAAACCCUACCAUCGGAGAUAGAAGGCUGCAUUUCAUUGGCUGAUCUCCAUCUGACAACCAAUCAGCUUCAGUCUCUUCCAGAUUCUAUAGGUGAACUAGGAAAUCUCACAACACUUAAGGUGGACAACAACUGUCUUCGUGAACUUCCGCACAAUUUGGGAGGGUUGUCUGCAUUAUCAGAAUUGAAUGUGAGCGCAAAUGAAUUACGAGAACUGCCAUCAAGCCUAGGUCUUCUUAGAUAUCUACGUACAUUGUAUGCUGAUGAAAACGAGUUGGAGUUUAUCCCUGCAGAGCUUGGUAGUUGUAGCGGUAUUACAGUGCUGUCUCUGCGUAGUAAUAAGUUGUCCUACAUACCAGACGAGAUAGGACGUAUUCCACGUUUACGUGUUCUCAAUCUUAGUGCUAACCAACUUAGAUGUCUUCCAUUUACCAUUGUAAAGUGUAAGGAAUUGCAGGCACUGUGGCUGUCAGAAAAUCAGACGAGACCACUGAUUACCCUGCAGUCAGAGCAUGAACCAGAUACCGGACGCAAAAUUCUCACAUGUUACCUCUUGCCACAGAGACCAUUACAGGAUUCAGGUGACCAUGGUGGGGAUACUGACAGUUUUCAUGCCUCAAUGUGGGAGGAAGAAAGACGUAACAGACAACAGAUACAUUUUGAGUUUGGUGAUGACUCUGAUGUUGAUGGAAGUCUUAUACGUCAACCAACACCGUAUCCAAAAGAGAUGAGAGAAAAAGCUCGUCAUCUAAAAAACCUCGCCCUCAGACAACAGAUGAGUAACGGUUCCAGUGUGCGGCAAGGGGAAGAUAACCCUGCUUAUGAAGAGAGAGUCUACUUAAUACUGAGAAGAAAUAAAGCGUCGUCACCAUCUAUGGAGCAUCUUAUGCUCAUUAACCAAGAGGGUGAUGGUAUUGAUGGAAGAAUGAGAGACUCGCGCGGGCACAAACCCGGGUCGCCGUCUAUACACGACCCAUUCACUCUGUAUAAAUAUGACAAGGAGAAGUUGGCAAAAGACAAAGCUCGGAUGCAGCAACGACAUUCUCAGUCUUACGAGAAUGAUGACGACAAACGUUCACAUAGAAAACAUGGAAGUCGAGAAAACUCGCCUGCACCAUCUGAUCGCAGUUCAAGAAAAGGGAAAGAAAGGAAAUCUCUAAUCACAGCAGCCGAUGAUGAUGAUGGUGGUUUUCAAGGGCCAAGAGUUAGCUCCCUUGGAUCAACACCAGAUAUCCCAUCAGCAAUGAAUGAUAGAGUACCAUCUACCAAGUUCACCUACUGCUCUCCAGCUGAACUGUCUCAGAAUUUAUCUCUCAGAUCUGACAAUCCCAGAAGUCACAGCUCACAUGGGAAUCACCCAAGAUCUCAUAGACAUCGUAGAAUGCGAGAUUAUGACUCUGAUACUGGUUACAGAAGUGAUCAGGAACUCAUUAAAUUUCGACGACAACAACAACAAAUGUACCAAAGGGUGAACGACAAUUUUAGUGAAAUAGUGCCAGUAACUCGACCAAAAGGUCGUAGACGUGAUGGAUAUUCUAGUGACCUUGAAGGAUAUUCUCAAAGGUCAAUGGGUGUAGCUCAUCAUGAAACAAGUGCUAUAGACAAUAGGAAUUUCCCAAAUCGUAAUAAUUCUUUGACUCGUAGUUUUACAUAUGACGGGAACCAGCAACAGUCACCAAACAAAUCCCAAUCACAAUACUCACAAAGUGAAACAGUCGGAAAUGAUGAACUGUAUGAACAAAACAUGGUUGACCCAAAUUUGAAUCAUUACCCAUCAUCCUCUCCUAGUCCGUUGCAAAGAAGAAACAUAAUUGACCAAUCCACACCUUUAUCACCAAAUUCUGCGAGGAGCAAUUAUAAUAAGAAAGAUUCUGAGUUUGAACUGAAGAAGGAUUUAUUUAAUGCUCAGGAUCAGCAUAGAGCAGAUGGUAUAAUUGAUCCAGAAAACAGAUAUAUGCCAAACACCUCAGCACAAUCUCAGGGACCCAGCAGGGAAGAUAAUAGGCCAGUUCCUCCGUACAAACCUGCCCCGCCUUAUCCCUCGUCUCCAGGACAACGACAGCUUCCUCAAACACCUAACAGAACUUCACCUUAUGGUGUUUCAUUGUAUGAUAAACAGAUUAGAAAUUCUCCCAUGAAAGACUUUCAUCAACGAAUGCCAGAUAUUCAGGAGUCUAGGGACAGCAACACUUCGCUAAAUAGGUCAAGGUCACAGUUAAAUAAUGGAAAUAGUGACCUUGACCCUCAGGAUUAUAGAACUAGUGAAAGUUACAGUCGGAAUAAUUAUAUGGAUAUGCAAAAUGUGCACAGUGAUUCUCCACGGACAUCAACGUCUGACAGUGCUAAUGUGUCUAGAACGUUUAUAGGUGCUCAUCAAGGUGAUGUAACAUCAGCGUCGUCUAAAGAUUCUGGUAACUAUAGUUACCAUGAUAGAACAUUAGGUGAAUCACCUGUAAAUUUAAGAAACUCACCUUUAUCAGGGUUACAGGAAAGACGUGGUUCACGGAAUUCUCCGUUAGAUUAUGUUUAUGAUCCAAGGAGAAAUUUUGAUAGAUACGAUAACUCUUUCCGUGAACCAGCAACAGUGCAUAUACCUACCAGAUAUGAUGAUAUAGCCAUGUAUAAAAGUGAUGAACCUCCCUCUCAAGUUUCUAGUUCAACAGAUAGUGGAUAUGGACAUAAUCUGAUUGAGAAAAUGCUCGAGUCACAAAGAUUCUCAGGUAAUUCAAAGGGAUCUCCCUCCCCAGAUCACUUUAAUUCUGACUCAAACACUUCGUCCUCACAUCAAGAAGGUAUUGGCCAGUAUUCAAGGGGGGCAACUCCAAUCAACAAUCCAGACAUGCCAUCCAGAGAUGGAUCCAAUCAGGGACAGAGAUUUGACAGGUUUCGUGUGACUAUAACAAAGAAUCCAGGGUUAGGUUUCAGCAUUGCAGGAGGGAAAGGGACCUACGGGAACCCUUUUAGGCCCACUGAUUUGGGUAUAUUUGUGACAAAAAUACAGCAGGGAGGACCUGCAGCCUCUACACUGAGACGUGGAGACAAAUUGCUCGAGGUAAAUGGCAAAGAUUUCACUGGAAUAGAGCACACACAGGCUGUGAAUGUGUUAAAAACAACUGGUAGUACAGUACAACUUUGUGUUGAAAGGGAGAUAACAAGUUGACAGGAGGAGCAGCAGGCUAUUACCUGGAUCUAGUCAUAACAUAGUAAUCUCCCUUUAUCCAACACAAACUGAAAAAAAAAGCCCAAAGCUUGGAAUGUGAAAAUUUUCAAACUACUAUUUCUUCAGUCUUGCUAUAUGAAAUAUGUUUUAGUCGAAAAGCCCCUAAAAUUUUCCAGUUAUGAUCACAGCUAUUAAGGGCCCUAUAUCAUUGUUUGCAAAAUAAGAAGUGUUCAUUAAAUAAUUAAUAUAAAGUAGCCUUACCUAAGAGGUGAUUUCAUGACAGUGUGAACUGACAUAACUGAUAAAUUCUUCAGUAUGUAAACAGUCUAUUUCUGUAGCCAAUAUGUGGCGAUGUUGAAAUAUUAGUAAAAUUACUGUACAAGAAUAGAAUUCAUGAUUUAACAAAUACAGUAACCAGGUUUUUGUAUCAGUUAUGUUGGCUAAAGCUCAUGGUAUGCUUAGAUCUGGUAGAGUCUGCUGCAGACUCCAGGCACAUUGACGAUGUUGUUUUAUUUGCCAUGUUUGUACAUAUUGCCGUGUUUGUAUACAUAUUGCCAUGUUUGUAUACAUAUUUCAACAUGAUCUCUAACUUUACUGCUGCUGAAGUUCUAUAAAUAUUUUAUAUAGAUUUUGCCAUUAUCAUCUUUUUGCAUACAUUGAGCAAACAGUCUAAGGGAGACAACUUUAAAAAAAAAUGGGACAUUUUUCAGUUAUAAAUGUAUUCUUGUAUGAAAUUGAACAAUUAUUUGACAAUGAAGGAUGGUAGUUGUUUAUAAGAAAAAAGGUUCAAUUUUUUUUUAUAGUUUAUAAGCCCGAAUUCAUUUAAGCUGAAUUACUAUGUUAAAACAAGCAACCAGUUUGAUUGUUACUGUUUUGUUUAUUAUGGUCAUAUUCAUGUUACUAUUUUGCUUCCAUGGGCAAAAACUGAUCAACAAAAUCAACUUCACAGCUUCACAUCAUAUAUCAAUGAUUCCACAUCAGCUAAAAUAGUGCAGACACAGAACAUUAUUUUGUUAAAGCAAUUAUAAUUUUUAGCUCACCUGUCACAAAGUGACAAGGUGAGCUUUUGUGAGCGCGCGGUGUCCGUCGUCAGUCCGUGCGUGCGUGCAUCCGUUCGUCCGUAAACUUUUGCUUGUGACCACUCUAGAGGUCACAUUUUUCAUGGGAUCUUUAUGAAAGUUGGUCAGAAUGUUCAUCUUGAUGAUAUCUAGGUCAAGUUCGAAACUGGGUCACAUGCCAUCAAAAACUAGGUCAGUAGGUCUAAAAAUAGAAAAACCUUGUGACCUCUCUAGAGGCCAUAUAUUUCAAAAGAUCUUCAUGAAAAUUGGUCAGAAUGUUCAUCUUGAUGAUAUCUAGGUCAAGUUCGAAACUGGUUCACGUGCCAUCAAAAACUAGGUCAGUAGGUCAAAUAAUAGAAAAACCUUGUGACCUCUCUCAAGGCCAUAUUUUUCAUAGGAUCUGUAUGAAAUUUGGUCUGAAUGUUCAUCUUGAUGAUAUCUAGGUUAAGUUCAAAACUGGGUCACGUGCAGUCAAAAACUAGGUCACUAGGUCUAAAAAUAGAAAAACCUGGUGACCUUUCUAGAGGCCAUAUAUUUAUGAGAUCUUCAUGAAAAUUGCUCAGAAUGUUCAUCUUGAUGAUAUCUAGGUCAAGUUCGAAAGUGGGUCACGUGCAGUCAAAAACUAGGUCAGUAGGUCAAAUAAUAGAAAAACCUUGUGACCUCUCUAGAGGCCAUAAUUUUCAUGGGAGCUGUAUGAGAAUUGGUCUGAAUGUUCAUCUUGAUGAUAUCUAGGUCAAGUUGGAAACAGGGUCAUGUGCGGUCAAAAACUAGGUCAGUAGGUCUAAAAAUAGAAAAACCUUUUGACCUCUCUAGAGGCCAUACUUGUGAAUAGAUCUCCAUAAAAAUUGGUCAGAAUGUUCAGCUUGAUGAUAUCUAGGUCAAGUUUGAAAGUGGGUCACGUGCCAUCAAAAACUAGGUCAGUAGGUCAAAUAAUAGAAAAACCUUGUGACCUCUCUAGAGGCCAUAAUUUUCAUGGGAACUGUAUGAAAGUUGGUCUGAAUGUUCAUCUUGAUGAUAUCUAGGUCAAGUUUGAAAGUGGGUCAUGUGCCAUCAAAAACUAGGUCAGUAGAUCAGAUAAUAGAAAAACCUUGUGACCUCUCUAAAGGCCAUAUUUUUCAAGGGAUCUGUAUGAAAAUUGGUCUGAAUGUUCAUCUUGAUGAUAUCUAGGUCAAGUUCAAAACUGGGUCACAUGCGGUCAAAAACUAGGUCAGUGGGUCUAAAAAUAGAAAAACCUUGUGACCUCUAGAGGCCAUACUUGUGAAUGGAUCUCCAUAAAAAAUGGUCAGAAUGUUCACCUUAAUGAUAUCUAGGUCAAGUUUGAAACUGGGUCACGUGCCUUAAAAAACUAGGUCAGUAGGUCAAAUAAUAAAAAAAACCUUAGGACAUCUCUAGAGGCCAUACUUUUCAUGGGAUCUGUAUGGAAGUUGGUCUGAAUGUUCAUCUUGAUGAUAUCUAGGUCAGGUUCGAAACUGGGUCAAGUGCGGUCAAAAACUAGGUCAGUAGGUCUAAAAAUAGAAAAACCUCUCUAGAGGCCAUAUACUUCAUAAGAUCUUCAUGAAAAUUUGUCAGAAUGUUCACCUUGAUGAUAUCUAGAUCAAGUUCGAAAGUGGGUCACGUGCCGUCAAAAACUAGGUCAGUAGGUCAAAUAAUAGAAAAACCUUGUGACCUCUCUAGAGGCCAUAAUUUUUAUGGGAACUGUAUGAAAGUUGGUCUGAAUGUUCAUCUUGAUGAUAUCUAGGUCAAGUUCGAAAGUGGGUCAUGUGCCAUCAAAAACUAGGUCAGUAGAUCAGAUAAUAGGAAAACCUUGUGACCUCUCUAAAGGCCAUAUUUUUCAAGGGAUCUGUAUGAAAAUUGGUCUGAAUGUUCAUCUUGAUGUUAUCUAGGUCAAGUUCGAAACAGGGUCACAUGCAGUCAAAAACUAGGUCAGUGGGUCUAAAAAUAGAAAAACCUUGUGACCUCUAGAGGCCAUACUUGUGAAUGGAUCUCCAUAAAAAAUGGUCAGAAUGUUCACCUUAAUGAUAUCUAGGUCAAGUUUGAAACUGGGUCACGUGCCAUAAAAAUCUAGGUCAGUAGGUCAGAUAAUAAAAAAACCUUAGGACAUCUCUAGAGGCCAUACUUUUCAUGGGAUCUGUAUGAAAGUUGGUCUGAAUGUUCUUCUUGAUGAUAUCUAGGUCAAGUUUGAAACUGGGUCAACUGCGGUCAAAAACUAGGUCAGUAGGUCUAAAAUUAUUAAAAUCUUUUGACCUCUCUAGAGGCCAUAUUUUUCAAUGGAUAUUCAUGAAAAUUGAUCUGAAUUUUCACCUUGAUGAUAUCUAGGUAAAGUUCAAAACAGAGUCACGUACCUUCAAAAACUAGGUCAAUAGGUCAGAUAAUAGAAAAACCUUGUGACCUCUCUAGAGACCAUAUUUUUCAAUGGAUCUUCAUGAAAAUUGGUCAGAAUUUUUAUCUUGAUAAUUAUAUCUAAGUCAAGUUCAAAACUGGGUCACAUGAGCUCAAAAACUAGGUCACUAUGUCAAAUAAUAGAAAAAACGACGUCAUACUCAAAACUGGGUCAUGUGGGAAGAGGUGAGCGAUUCAGGACCAUCAUAGUCCUCUUGUUUAAAAUCUACCUGUUCUAAAACUUAUGAAUAUUAAAUUGCUUUUAAGCACAGUGCUCCAAUCCAGGUUUUCUUUGAAAAAAGAAUAGUUCUUUGCAAGCUCUAUACUUAAUUCCACUUAGAAUGACAGUAUAUGAAUACUGUCAGGAACUAUAAAAGGAAAGGCAUUGUUACUUUUAUUCCUAUAAAACAAAGUUUAUACCUGUGCCUUUGUGUUUGUGACAGUUUUGUUUUAAUGUUUUAUUUUAGACUUGUUUUUAAAACAUAUAUUUUAAAAUGUAAAUAUGUAAUAUACAAAGUUAUUUAUUCUUUGUGUCUUAAUGGUGCUACAUGAAAAUGUAGUUAACCUUUACCCUGCUAAAUUUCUAAAAUGGACUGGUCCAUUAUUCAGUUUUGGCAGUACCACUUAUGAUUCAAAGGUGUGUUCACAAUGAAAAUUUACCGACUGAACAGUGCAGACCAUGUUUAGCAUACACGUGCAGGCUGAUCUUGGUCUGCACUGGUCACAAAGGCGCCAGCAGGCUGAAGGUUAAAUGGGUUAUGAAUGUGUUCAUUAAAACAGGUUUCAUUUGUGUUAGUUUGUAUUUCAGUGUCUCACUAGUUGUUUCUCAAAACUAGAUUUAAGAAAAUAAGCGCAAACCUCAUAUUUCUGUUAUAACAAAGUCAAUUAAAGGCAGCAGUACAUUUUGUAUCAUAAUGUAGUCAUACGGUUCUAGAAUCAUUUUAUACCAAGAGUUCUAUUAAUAUUCUGUUAUGAUCUAACUAUUGACAAACGUGUACAUUUCUCCAUAAAUGUUCCAUCAGUUACCCGAACUUGAUUUUGUUAUUUAAUUAUCUGUCUGCAAGAGUUGUUUUUUGUUUUAAUUUGUCCCCGUGAUUUUGAUCAUGUGACCAUGAUGUACAAGUAAUUGACAAACCCAGAUUUAAUUCCUAUUUCUUUUGCAGUCCUGUCAUUCCCCAGUAUUAAUAUUGGUGUACAUUAUUCAUUGAUUAUAUUACAUAUCAAACAUUUGUGCUUUUCUGUGAAUAAUUGAAUAUUUUUGUAACAUGAUACUCUUGUUUAAGAGAAAAAUAAAGUAUGAAACAUGA